AGUGAUAGUAGAGAAUCGUUUUUUCUUUUUUCGAGCAGGUCGAAAGGUGUGGUUUCGGUACGACACAAAUAAAAAGUACUUGGUGGAGAGGAGACGGUGUAAAACGUCGCGGUUAGUCGAGAAUUUCGAAGGAUGUGAAUCGACAGAAAAGUGGAAAGAAUAGUGACUAAAACCGAUCGUCGUAUGGUGAAAGUUUCAUAAAUACACUGACAAAACAUCAAUCGUUAAGAAUGAAUAUUUCUAUUUUUUUGGUAAUCUUCGGUCUGUGGGCCGCUAGAGCUCAAGAAAACUCGUUGGCCAACGUGCCAAAAUCACUCCUCGAAUGUUAUAACAACACAUACUUGCUUAAUCGGAACAACAAAUUGCCACAAAAUGUGCCAGCGCUCCUCGCGAUUCUGCGGAAAAUUGAAGACACUCCUGGGCUUAAUAUGGAUUUGAGAGCUUUGUCAGUUGCACUGUUACACAGAUUUCGACAGGACGGGAUAAUAGAAAAUCCAUGGGUACCUCAGCAAGAAGGGGUUACGCCUUACGCUCCAAAUGGAUAUCAGUUUUAUCGGCAAGCCGAAACGUUAAAACUGAUACCAGGAAAUGCUAUGAGUUUCCCAAACGAGAGUAUCACUAGCGUCGAGCGUUGCUCCUUGCAUUCGAUGCUCUCGUCGAGCAUCGAUAUCAUGGAACGCGGGGACGAACCCGUUACGUGUCGCACUGAGAGUUUACCCUACAGACGUUUGAGAAACGUGAGAAGAAGAUCACCGUCGCAAUCAAGAGGGUUGGACGAGGAUGUUGAAACGCUCACUGCCGAGGAAAUAGAAACUAUGAGCAACAAAGACGAAACGAAGGACUCGGGCGUCGACCCGAAUUCGUGGUAUCCGCCGUUGCCACCGAAUCAUCCGAACAGUGCGAGGCUUUCGACGCUUCCGCCCAAAAGCAAAUGUCCCGUUGAAAACGGCGUGCUGAAAAGCAACUGGGGGGCCAUCGCCGGUGGCUCCGUUCUCGCUGGUAUCGCCGCUGGUCUCGAGCCUCAAAACGUUACACUGGCCAUGCUCCUCCGGGAAGAAUGGCAAUCGCAUAAUUUAGUCUCGAACACCAUCCUCGAGAACAAAUGGAUCGCCACCGUCGCUGGUGACCUCGCGGAAGUGGCGCUUCGGCAAGGUCCUUUGGCCGAUGGGAAACUGACUUUGGGAGUCGACGGUCAUUGGAACUCGACGUAUCUGCCACGUUGGUACUUUUUGAAUUCGAACGAAGAUUUGUUCUACACGGCGGCUGAGAUUCGAGGCGACCUUGACGGAUUGAUCUUGGCCUACGAGAUUUCCAAGUGGUACUCGCUGGUACCGAGUUUGAGGUUGUCCCAGAUAAUCGACAUGUACUACAGCGACCGAGGAGUAUUCGGCAGUUCGAUAAAGGCCUGCAAUAGAAGAAACACGUUUUUAUCAAUUGUGCCGAAUGCCACUAUCACCUCACAAGCUUUCAGAUCGGCGCUAGUACUGAGUUCUGGAGUAGCUAAAGUGACCAUCGAUCCGGCAACGAUCGAGAAAUUUGCGGUUCAAGCCUCCGAAAAAUUAUUUUCAUUUUUACCUGGGAUGAAAGACGUCAAUUGUGAAGGUAACGACACCGUAAAACAAUUCAACCGAGUAUCAACGAAUCUUACGAUUUUCCUCGACCCCAAUUGGCCUUUCACCACGAUCCAACCCCUUCUUGCAGCUCUGUUGGAGGGUCUCGAGGUAAGCAAGUACGACAGUGAAUUCACAAUCAUGAGUGCAGCUAAUGGAUCAGUGAUGAUUAACAAUACCGACAGCAUAUUGGAUUUCUAUGAAUUCAAUGAGACUCGGUACUCAGCCUAUAGGGGAAAAUUCGAUUUGUCGAAAACAUUCGACGUGAUUAAAUCGAUGCAGGCAUCGCAGCUCGAUGACGAACAAAGACGUAGUAUCGGCGGUGGGAGCUCUGAGGUGAUAUUAAUCGUGCCCUACACGUCAACCGUCACCGAUGAAAAUAAAGAAUACUGCAAGGAACAAUUGAAGAUCAUGUACGAGGAUAUUCCCGACGCGACGCUGAUGUUCCUUACUUCCGGAAGUAGGGACAGUUGGUCCGACCUCGUCAGGGAUCCGAACGACAUCGUUUAUGUCGGCACCGUCUCGACUGCGCAAGACGUUUCAGCACCGAUAAAUUCUCUUCUGACCAGCAUCAAACGAGUUCCUCAGAGGCUCGUCAAUUCACAAUGCGGCUCGACUUAUUCGCCGUCGGGAUCUUCGGGCUCAUUCGACGAUUACUUGGAUCCGUCAGGAAUCAAAUUCUACCGACUUCAUCCUAAUUAUUUCUAUAGGAACGACCCCGAAGUCUACGCCACCGUAAAAGUCACAGGAUCAAGCUCGACAAGUUUGAUAGUUUGCACAUCACGUGAUCCUCUCGCAAUGGACGUACAAUCUUCUGACUGUAAAACCGUCAACAGCGACACUCAAAGCGUAACGUUCGGUUGCGGUGACGCGGGUUUCAUUCACAAAUGUAACUCGGUGUAUUUGUCCAUUAUGGCUAACCCUUCGAACAUCUCUGCUUUUCAGUGCCUGGAUCAACGUUACUGCCGGUAUCCGGACGUGCAGAAGUUCACGAUCUCGUACGAUAAUCUUUUGUGCGCCAACGCUGCCAACUCCAUCAUAAUUUCACCCAUCAUUUUUGUACUUUUCAUUAUUUCCUCUUAUUUGUAGAAUUUGAAACUCUCGUACUCUUUGUAUCUAGAUUCUUAUUUUUCGCCCUCAUGCAUGUGUUUAUUAUAAAAUCAUCAGCCGUAAAGAUGACAAAUUUGUCAAUACAUACGCCGGAACGCGUUGUCAGUAAUUUGUCUAUAUGAAACGAGGAACAGAAAGUCAUCAAGCAUCGAAGAAUACAUCUCACGAAAAUAUCAUGUGGAAUCAUUUUUUGUAAAGACGUUCUUAAAUUAACCUAUGCAAUAGUAAUAAGAAUAAUAUUUUUAAUGAUGAAAAUAUAUAAUCCUAAUGUUUGUAAUUUCACAAAAACGUGCAUUAUGUUCAAUAUCUGAAUCCUCAAAUCCUACCAAGAUAAGACUUAAACGAUCUGUGUAAAAAAAAAAAAAAUAAGAAGAAUGAGAACAGCAAA